AGGGGGGGGGGCGGUGGGAUAGCACUACACGGUCCGGCAAAGGUACAUCGACCGGCGUGUCUCCACCCAAACGCAAAGACAAUUAGGGAUUUGAGAGAGAAAAAAAGGGCGUGUAGUGUUCAGCCGCUUAAUUCACGUGUCCCACUUUCAAAACGCAGCACUUCACUAAUCGAAUUGUACAAAUUUAACGGGCUCUAAUUUAUGUUACUUGGGCUGAAACAAUAAAAAAGUAGCCCGUUUACGCUUUCGCCUUCAUCAACAAAGGCGACUCUGGUUUUUUAGGGUUCCUCGAUUUUAGAGCUCCGAUUCAUCCAACCGGCAAUGGAGGUCUUGAAGGUUGUGUGAGACGAUUCUACGUGAUGAAUAUCUGUGUCAAUCUCUAUUCAUGUCGUUUCGUCUUCGAUAUAUCUUCUCAUGUACGUUACGGGAUGCAUUGAAUCAACGCCAUUAACAACCUUAACUCUUUCAACCCAUGAUCAAUCAUUCAAUGCUUCUUAUCUCUCUUCUAGGCGGUGGAUCUCCACCUAUAAAAAGGACAGUCUUAAUCACAUGAACAUUAUUGUACUUCCACGGUCGAGGUGUACCUUUCUCAAGCACAGAAGAGACAUUAACCAUUGCAUUUCCUCAGUAUGGCCGAGUACUUGGAGAGGUUCAUUGUGGAAGAAAGAGAAACCAGCCAUGGUAUCUCAUGAGAUUCCAAUGCCUCGCAAUAGCUCAUACGGGCGAACUGUUCUAAAUGGAUAUGCAAUGUUAUAUGUGGAGUUGGAAUACUUUCAUUUGUUUGAAGCUGCUAAAGGGGGGUCGCUGGGCCACCACUGUUUAUAUAUGGUUUGCUUUCUUUCUACACUGGAAUAAUCCUUCGUUCUGCCUCGACAAUGAGUCUGACCUCAUGACCUAUCCCGACAUUGGCCAAGCUGUGUUUGAUACCACCAGACGUAUCUUUGUUUCGGUAAAGGGCCAAUAACUUUCAAAAGAUUAUGAAUCUAUCUCCAGAGUGAAGGUCAUAAAAGUUAAGAACCAUAUAAGAGAAUAUUAUUUGUUUUUUGGCUUUCUAACAAAUAGAACAACUGAAAAGCUAAGGACGUCAAGUAGAUCAGUUUGUCAAUCUCUCACAAGUUAUUCCCUAAUUGCUCUGAGAAGUCAAUAAUAGAAAAAACAUAUGAAUUUACACUGUUUCAUCAAAUAUAGCGGUGGACUAUUACAAC